UUCGGGGAUCCUGUGAAAGUUUAGGGUGAGUCGAAGCAGGUGCUUGCAGUCGGGGGGUGUGAUGGGGCACAGGACAGGCCAGUCCAGGUUUUUGGGGGUGCUCCACGCAGAGAGGUGCCCAUCCCUGUUUCACCGCUCUCACCUGUGCCGCCCCGUCCCCACAGGUCUGUCGAAGAUGCACUGGUCACCAGAGCAUGCCCAGUCCCUGAACCAGUGGCCGGAGCAGCACCUGGACGUCUCCUCCACCACCUCCUCGCCGGCCCACAAGUCCGACCUGUACCCCAGCACCCGCCAGCGCUUCAACUACGCCUGGGCCAACGACGACAUCUCGGCACUCACGGCCUCCAACCUCCUCAAGAGGUACGCCGAGAAGUACUCGGGGGUGCUGGACGCGCCCUACGAGCGCCCGGCGCUCGGCGGAUACGGGGAUGGCGCCUUCGGGCCCGUUAACGGGCAGAAGGGGGACGGGGAGCCCUGGCCGGGGGCUCACGGCUCCGACGGCACCUACCCCCUGACGCCCAUCCACGAUGGCCUCCCCGGCGCCAAGGGGGUGGUGCCGCCCGCCGUCCCCGCCGCCGGCGGGGCCAUCGGGCUCGGCGGCUCCCCGGUGGUGUCGGCCAACCUCGCCGACCCCAUGUACCCCGGGAACUCCUGCGGAGGGGCCGCCGCCGGCUCCGGCGGGCUCGGGGCGUCUCAGGAGUACCCCUCAGGCUACGGCGGCACCUACUUGCCCUCCGGCUACUGCACCCAGCCGGCGGCAGCGCUCCCCCCCCCGCACCCGUCCGCCCUCCACGGCUCGGGGCUCCUGCAGCCCCCGCACCCCUCGCCCGCCCUGGUGCCGGGCUACGGCUCCUCCGGCCCCAUGUACAACUACGCCGCCGGCAGUUACCCGCCGCAGCCGGGCUACGGGGGCAUCCACCCGCCCCACCCCCCCGCCUCAUACCUGCCCUCCGGCAUCGCGGCGCCCACCCCCAUCCCGGCCCCGCCGCCCGCCGCCCGCCCGCCCGGGGUGCCCGGGUACGGCUACCAGGGCGCCGGGCUGGCCCCCCUGGCCGUGCCGCCGCUGGGCACCGAGGCGGGCGCGCUGAAGAGGAAGGCGUUCGACAUCGGCGGGGAGGACGACGGGGAGGGCAGGUACAGGAAAUACAGCUACGAGCAGCCAAAGUCCCCCUACCCCAUGUCGGACAACGGCGAGUGCCGGGGGAACGGGUUCGGCGGCGCCGCCGAGUCGCCCCAGGUGGCCUUCAAGGCCGGGAAGCGGCCGGGGGGUGCGGGGAACGCCGAGGAACACGCCGGCAAGUACGGCGGGCAGCAGAUGAAGAGCAUGGUCUCGCCGCCCUACGGCGCCGGGGACGCUCCGCUGCGGCCGGCGGAGCCCUUCGAGAAGUUCAGCCCCCCCCUCGCCAACGGGGAGCGGGCGGCGGAGCCGGGACCCCCCUUCCCGCUGCGGCUGCCCCCCAAAGCGCCGGUGUUCGGCGGCGCCCCGGUGGAGGAGCAGCCCAAGAACGUCGACCCGCUGGUGCUGGAGCUGGUGAACACCAAGGUGGUGGAGCGGGGGCCGCCGGUGCAGUGGUCGGACGUGGCCGGGCAGGUGUCGGUGAAGGCGGCCAUCGAGGAGGAGCUGGUGUGGCCCAUCCUGCGCCCCGGCGCCUACAGCGGCGCGAGCCACCCGCUGCGGACCCUGCUGCUCUUCGGCCCCCGCGGAACCGGGAAGACGCUGCUGAGCCGCUGCAUCUCCACCCAGCUGGGCUCCACCCUGCUGAGGCUCAGCGGGACCACCCUGCUCUCCACCUGGAAGGCCGAAGCCGAGAAGAUCCUGCAGACCGUGUUCUUCGUGGCCAGCUGCCGCCAGCCCGCCGUGGUGCUCAUCACCGAGGCCGAGGCCUUGCUGGCGGCCCGGGCGGGCGAGGACGGCGGGCAGGUGAGCAACCUCAAGUCCCAGCUCCUCUCCUACCUGGACAACGUGGCUACCUCAUCCGAGCAGAAUGUGGUGGUCAUCGGGACCACGGCCCGGCCCGGCAGCAUGGACGAGGCGUCGCACCGGCGCUUCGGCACGCGGCUCUACAUCCCGCUGCCGGACGGCGCCGCGCGCCGGCACAUCCUGCGCCAGGCCCUGGCGCAGCAGAGCUGCUGCCUGAGCGAGCGGGAGCUGGCGGCGCUGGCGCAGCGCACCGAGAGCUUCUCCGGCGCCGAGCUCCUGAGGCUCUGCCAGCACGCCGGGGCCGCGCGCCGCGCCCUGCCGGGACCCCCCGCCUCCUACCAGGACCUGGAGAAGGCGUUCUGCAAGGUCCGCCCCGCCGCCUCCCAGAAGGAGCUGGACUUGUUCCUGGAGUGGGAUAAGAUGUACGGCACCAGGCACUGACGGCAGCGGGGGGACGGGGGCGCCGGGACGGACCCCGAGGCCGCGGGGCUGGAUCUGGGGCGCGGACGCGGGGUUGGGGUCUGCGGGACUCCGGUUCUCCGGGCGGGGUCGGAUCCCUCCUCCCAAAAGCGCGGGAGACGCCGCCGGCAGCACCACCACGUACCUCAUCUCUCCUCUUUCGGACUCGCCCAGGGGAUUUCCCCUCCGUGGUUUUCUCGGGAGUGUCGCCCACGACUCAGGAUAAAGCUAUUUAUUGUUUUCCCCUCUGUCCGUCCCUGGACCAGUGGUGCCAGCGGGGCUGGAGGCGCCCCGGGAUCCGGCUCUCCGCCGUCAGGAUCCGCUCCGGCGUCGGAUGCACGAGCUCCCCCCGUCCACCCAAAAGCUUUAUUAUUGUUUUUUUUUAACUGCUUUUAUUGUCCCCGACAGAAAUACCUCGGGCGUCUUCCGAGCCAAGCAGCCCCUUCACCCCCGGCGAUGACCUUGAUCGGGGAGGGAGGGGCAGGGGGGACACCCCAAAACCAGGUGACACCCCAAAACCAGGGAGUUCCACCCCAAAACCAGGGGGUUCCACCCCAAAACCAGGGGGUUCCACCCCAAAACCAGGGAGUGACACCCCAAAACCGGGAGGUUUUGGAGUAAAAUGCUGUAGAUUGUUGAAUAUCCUAGACUUGGGUUUUUAUUUUUG